UAGACGGCCCUUGCAAGUGUUUUAUUUGUAAGGUAUUAUAAGUGCUGCAAGAGCCUUUCAGUAGUCAGCGGCACACUUUGGUCGUAGAAGGGAACCAGGCAGCAAUGAACAAUUUUUCUUUCAGAAAAGCAUUCUAAGCAGCAUUGCGGAGAAAUGAGGAUUUUCCUACUACAGUUCUUCGCCGGCUGCAAUGUCGUGUACUUCGCACCGGUUGGUGCAAUGCCGGACUGCUUGAGGAUGCCCUCAGAAGGCGAUGAGUGCGAAACAGAAACCGACAGAUGGUAUUUUAACAAAGAUGAAGGAGCUUGUGUGAAUUUUAUGUAUGGAGACUGCGCUGCAGGUGGCAACAGCUUUGCCUCCGUGCAAGAGUGUGAGAGUGCUUGUAGGGGCGCAGGAAGAGGACCACCGCAGCUCCCCGUGCCUCCUAAAAAGCCACCGCACAAAGGCGGAAAAGAACCCCCCAAAGGAAAAUGGCCACCUGGUGGAGGCGGCCGGCCACAUAAACCUUGGAGACCAUGGGGAAAACCACCUCAUCCUCCAAAGAAACGGCCUUCACCCCAGGGUUCCGAAGAAAAUGAUACCGCCUCGAAAAGGCCUGGAGGGGGUAAAUGGCAACGGCCGAGACCACGUCCGAGACCGCGCCCACCAAAGCCACCUUCAAAACGUCCAGGAGGUGGAAGCUGUGCUGCAAGACUGCGGAGGAAAAAGGGUUGCUCUGGUUAUCAAGGCAUGUGGUUCAAUAAUGGUGCUUUCAUGACUUGUUCUCCUGUGAAAGAUGGGUACUGCCCAACUUUCGGCGAAUUUUUUCCAUCAUGCGAAGAAUGCAUGGGAAAAUGUCGACCACUACAGCUCAAGCAAUGCCAGUACAUGACCUGAACAUGCCCAGCGAGACAGCGGCAACAUGGAUGCAAUGCCUACCACCUAUUUGCCAGUACAACGACGAAAACGAGACAAAAAACAAUAAAGAAGACAUGUACGACGAAAUUGUGCCGUUA